AUGUACAGCACGCAGAUUGUUGGUGCAGCACCAGUUCCACUUCUUGGCAUUGCAUCUUGCAGCUUGCGUCUCCUUCUGCCCUCCGCCCCCCUGAUGCCAGCGAUGGCGAUCGAGCCGGCGGCAGGGGCGGUGGUGGCCCCGCGGCGGCAGUACAGCAUGGCCGAUGUGCUGCAGCUGCGCAGUGGUGCGGCCUGCAACCUGUCCCUGGAAGAAGCGGGCAUUGUCACGGAGCCAGCCACCCAAAUUAUCUUCAGAGGCGCCUCGCAGUGGCAGAAGGCGCCGGCCGGCAGCCCUGGGCACCACCACCACCCCCGACGCUCCAAUGGAGAGGCCCCUGCCCCGCAGCAUCAGAGGCAGGGCGGGCCAGGGGCUGCUGCGGGGCAUCGGCCGCUGCCGGUGGUGAUGGGGGGUGGGGCGGAGGAGGAGGAGUGGGGCGAUGCAGAGGAGGACAGCGAGGAUGAGAACCCGCAGUACAAGGCAUUCCAUGUGAGCGGCCAGCCCGACUUCAGCAUCGAGGAGCCAGACGCAGAGGAAUACCUGAGGAGGGUCAGGUGGGAAGCCCAGCGGUGUCCGCGCGUGGUGGUGGCCCCCGCGCACGAGCGGCCACCCGCAGCCCCUGAGCAGACCCCAUACAUGCCGGCCCUGCCCGGCGUAACUGCGUGCGCCCCGCACCUGCUGCCCUCCUCGGAGUGGGAGGCGUGCUUCCUGGCCGACUUCUCAGACCUGCGCACUGAGCUCGUCCGCCUGCUUGACCUGCUGGAGGAGGCGGACGCGGCUGCGCUGUCCUCUUUGCCGUCCUCUGCGGCAGCCAUCCCUUCUGUGCGCGACGCCAGCGCCUGGAAACGCUUCUGCCUUGGCCCCAGCCCUGGGCCCCAGCCCGCCGAGGGCCUGGCCAGCCAGCGCGAGGGGGGGCCGCAGGAGGGGCAGCCGGGGGAGGGCUCUGGCUGCAGCGGAGCGGUCGAGGGCAGUGGCAACGAGGGGGGGGCUCAGAAAGAGCGGGAUGCAGGCAGGGAGGAGAGUUUUGAGGGCACGGCCUGCCAAACACUUGAUGAGCGGGAGGGGGUCCAAAGCUUGAGCCAGGAGGAAGAAGGCCGGGGGGGAGUGCAUGGUGAGGGACUGGAUGGCGGGGGAGCGCAGGAGGCGGGGCCCACCAAGGAGUUGGCGGUUCAGGGAGGUGCCUCACCCGAUGAGAGAGACACAGAGCGGGUGCAAGUGACGGCCGGGGCUGACGGGGGGACCCCCGGACACCAUACCGGGGAGAAUGGAAGCUGGCAGACUGGGAGUGGAUCAAGCGGGGAUCCUCAGCGAGGCUCACCAAGAGCCGGCAGCCCCGCAGCUACAGGAAGCGGGAAGGCAGGCCUGAGAGAGACGCAGGGCGGCGGCGGCAUGGAGGAUUCUGGCAGCCUUGGGGCAGAGCCCCCGUCGGAAGUGGGAACUGCGAAGGACGGGGCAGCAGCCAACGCAGACAGCCAAGGGGGUGACAUCACCACAACAAGCCCGCCAGUGCGACGGGCGCGGCGGCGGGAGGCGCUGUUGGAGGGCGUGCUGCCGUUCCUGGGCAUCCUGCUGCGGCUGGACCAGGUGGCGCUCGCGGUCCACCUGCGGCACCACGUGCGCUGGCUGCAGGAGCUGCCCCCCUCCGCUGCGCUGGACCGGCGGCGCGGCGCGUGGCUGUUUGCUCUGUGCGCCACAGUGGGCAAGCCCCUGGACCCGGACACCCAGGCCGCCCUGCGCGACCUGCUGCGCACUGCGGCCCUCAGGCGAGCCAACAAGGUGUCGCCCGGCGACCCCGAGCUGGCGGUGCUCAACAUGCUGAUCGCCAUCGCGGGCCGCUACUUCGGGCAGCAGGAGCGCUGAGCGCGGCCGCCGCAGCGGAGCGGACAGCUGGUGCACGAGAGCGGGCUGAGAAGGACUGAGCGUGGCGGGAAAGAGGGGUGGGGAUUUGCUGGUAAGCAGGGCUGAUCCCAGUGCAGGUUGGCAGUAGGAUGGGCUUUGUGCGGUACAGCAGAGGGCCAACGGAGUGGAGGCGGUCGAGGUUCAGCGAGAGUCCGGCAUACGGUCUUGCUGUCGAGCAUGCAGAGGUGUUAUUAUGUACUGACGUGAGAUCAUGUGCCCCCAGUAGUGGUUCUACAGUGGCGGUGACGGGACAUACGUGGUGCUUAUGAAGGUUCUCCCUGAUUUGACUUACUCAGUGGAGACCACAAUAUCUAACACUCGCUGCGGGGCUUUCUCUUUGUACAUGCAAUGUCUGGGCACGCUAGACUCAAGUCAUAGCCUGUCACGCUGGCUCUAUGUGUCGCGCCAUUGUUGUGUUGGAGUAUGCUUCGAAGAUCUGCAGG